AUGGAUUUUAAGGAGGCUGUGAGGGAUUAUUGCAUCCAUGAAGAUAGUGAGAGUGUUUGCUGGCAAGUUAAAACCUUCAAUGAUGAUCAUACCUGCCCAAGGGAGACAAAAAAUAGAUUAGCUAACAAAUGGUGGUUAGCUAGCAAGUUGGUCAAGAAGCUUAGGAAAUUUCCGAAUCUGAAGCCCUCUGAAGCUUUAACAUACUUUAAAAGUAAAUGUGACUUGGAGUUGAACAAAUCUUCGCUGACAAGAGCACUCGGAGAUGCAAGGCACAUUGUGUAUGGUGAUGCUGCUGCACAAUAUUGGAUGGUGAGAGAUGAUGAUGAGACUCUCCUAAAGUGCAACCCUGGUUCUACUGUGCGCAUCAUAACAAUUCCUCAUCCCAACCAAUCAGAAGAUCCCACUUUUGACAAGAUGUACAUUUGUUUCGAUGGAUGCAUGAAGGGGAUUAAGGCGGGAUGCAGACCUCUAAUAGGGCUUGAUGGAGCAUUCCUGAAAACCAGAUUUGGCGGACAAAUAUUGGCAGUCAUUGGACAAGAUGCCAAUAAUCACAUUUACGUUAUUGCAUAUGCCAUUGUACCAGUAGAGAACACAGAUAAUUGGAGGUGGUUCCUUGAGCUGAUGCAUGAUGAUCUAGGGAGCUACACCCAAAAUGGAUGCUGUUUCAUUUUGGACAUGCAAAAGGGACUAAUCACAGCUGUCCAGGAGGUCUUCCCUAAUGUCCAACACAGAUUUUGUGUAUGGCACUUGUGGAGAAACUUCAAUAAGCAGUGGAAAGACAACGAACUCAGAGGAUUACUGUGGGAGUGUGCAAGAUCUACCACUCAAGAGGGAUUCGUUGAGGGGAUGAUGAAAAUUCAGAGAGCUAAGAAGGAAGCCUGGGAGUACCUUGCCAAAUGGCGAAGAGAUGCAUGGAGUCGGGCCUUCUUCCCUAUCCAACCAAAAUGUGACAACAUUUGUAACAAUGCUUGCGAAGUAUUCAAUGCAAGAAUCAAGGAAGCAAGGGCUAAACCAAUUAUCACACUACUCGAGGAAGUUAGAAUGUAUAUCAUGAGGAUGAUAGCACGAAAUAAAAUGAAAUUCAAGAACCAUGUUGGGCUACUACCCCCUGUUCAAUGUAGCCGAUUGGAAAAGAUCAGGAAUGCUUCAAAGCAUUGGGUGCCAAUGUGGUCUGGAGAUGCGGACUAUGAACAAUUCGAGGUACAUGGGUGGCCAACAAACAUGGUAGUGGACUUGGGAAAGCGAAUAUGCACCUGUGGACUUUGGCAACUAAGUGGGAUGCCCUGUGUCUAUGCUUGUGCUGCAAUGGCUAGGGCAGGCAGGCAGCCCGAAGACUUCUGUCAUAGAUGGUUGACAAUGGAUGUAUACAAUGACACCUAUGCAUUCCAUAUCAAUCCUAUUACUGGCCAGAAACUAUGGGAGAAGUCACUUUACAACAGACCACAAGAACCCAAAUUUAAGAAGAUGCCAGGGGCACCCAAGAAGAAAAGAAGAAAGGGAGUUGAUGAAGGUCGGUUGGAGGCUGCAGCUGUGGCAGUUGCUGCAGCUGCUGCUGGUAGUGAAGCUAAUACAGGAAAUCAGCAACAACCUCUCCCUGCUGCACAUGAAGUCCCUGAUGAGGGCAAUCCUACUGAGAUUGAGGUAGGCAUGAGUCAACCAAUGGUGUCAGAAAAUGAAAAUGAAAAAUCCCACUAG